AUGCUUUGUAUCUGGAGAGGCGCUCCUGAUUGGCCUGAGGGGCCCCCCAGCGCCGGGGACUCGUCCUCCAUCCAGCCCACUCGAGGGCUGCACGACUGCUUCCAGCCGGACGCACGGAGCUCGCCGGCCACGCCGGGCCUGGCCCAGGUCUGCCGCGGGGAACCUGCCAGGCCACGUCGGCGGGGGGCCCGGGGCCGGCCCGCACCCUCGGUCAGCUCUGUGCCCUCCCCUGGAGCUGCCAGCCACGAGCAGAACCCACCCGCUUCAUGGAAAGCCCCAUGCAGUGGCCUCCUGGUGAUGGCAAACGACAGUGACGUAAAGAUGCUGCUGAACUUUGUGAACCUGGCGUCCAGUGACAUCAAGGCGGCCCUGGACAAGUCUGCACCCUGCCGCCGCUCAGUGGACCACCGCAAGUACCUGCAGAAGCAGCUCAAACGCUUCUCCCAGAAGUAUUCCCGGCUUCCUCGGGGCCUCCCCGGCAGAGGGGCGGAGCCUCACCUGAAAAGGGGACCCGAGGACCGGCCAGGGAGGCUGCCCCUCGAUUCUGGCCAUGAUUCCAGUCCCGGCGGGGGUGGGGGCUGCAAGGAGAAGGCUCUGGGGAACCCGUACAGGGAGGAAUGUCUCUCUAAGGAGCAGACCUUACAGGGGCAGAACCCAGAAGCUGCCAGGCCUGGCCAGGUGCCCAUGAGGAAAAGACAGCUGCCCGCUUCCUUCUGGGAAGAGCCUCGGGCCACCCACAGCUACCCGCUGGGGCUGGAGGGGGGGCCGGGCCCCAGGGAGGGACCUCCCUAUGAGGGUAAGAAACAUUGCAAAGGUUUGGAGCCCUUGGAUCCUGAGACGGCCCCAGUGCCGGCAUCCCCAAGGGCACCGGCUGAAAAGGAGCCACUCAAGAUGUCUGGGGUCGCCCUGGUGGGCCGUGUCAAUGCCUGGAGCUGCUGCCCCUUCCAGUACCAUGGACAGCCGGUCUACCCAGGUCCUCCAGGGGCCUUGCCCCAGAGCCCGGUCCCCGGCCUGAGCCUAUGGAGGAAAAGCCCGGCUUCCCCCGGGGAGCUGGCCCACUUCUGCAAGGAUGUGGAUGGGCCGGGGCAGAAAGUGUACAGACCCGUGGUCCUGAAGCCUAUCCCCACCAAGCCGGCUGUACCGCCGCCCAUCUUCAAUGUCUUUGGCUACCUCUAGCCGGGCUGGGAGGCCCUCGGCUCCGACCUCUGGCCUGUACGGGUGUUGGGGGCCCAGGGAGCUCUCCGCGCGAGGAGCGAGCUGGGCAGUGGCGUGGCCUCUUGGGAACCUUCCCUUUGUGUGUGUGGAUGGGAGGGGAGGACAGGAUUGGGGCAGUGGCUUCUCCGGCAGGCGCCAAGUCAGCCCUUGCCUUGGGAGCUGUGGGGCCGGGCUCCGCCGGCCCCUCUCCAACCAGACCAGAGCCCGACAGAGCAUCCCACUGUCCUCGUGCCAGUCUUGCGCGGCGGGGCUUUGCCCCGGCCCGCCAGCCGCUCCAGAAGCCAGAGUUACACGUCUGUUCACCUGCCACCCACUAUGUAAGCCAAUCUCAGUUCUGUUCCUUUCGAGGUGUUUUUUUUUUUGUUUUUUUUU